AUGGCUGCACACUGGUGGCUCCUCCGCGCAAUCCAAUCCUUCGAAGAUCACAUCGUCGCAUCCAUCCUCCGCCAACCGGGUUUCCACCGCGCAGUAACACGCAUCCACAAGACCAUCCACGAGAAGCAACACGGACGAAAUCCUCACGAGCCUUUGGCACCGGGCGAAGCGACGGCUGAUCCGAAUGCUGCUGGGAAGAAUUCAGAGUUUGCGAAGCAUUUUUUGGAUGAGAUUAAGAAUCAGUUUAGGGGGAAGCCGACGGAUAUAACGAGGAAGUGA